UUACAUCCCCCAGCCACGGCGAGUGAGGUUCUUGAAUUCGGUGAGGCUGGGUCGGCGACGGAAAGCCUGGUCCGGAGUUGAAUGAAAAGUUGAUCCCAUACGCUGCACAUGUGAUUUGGAUUAAUCUUUAAGAAUGUAUGAACCUUUCUGGCGGCGCAGAAGACAGCGACUGCCUUCACCCGACGUGCCCAGCGGGAGGGAACAGAAACAAGGGCACCAAGAGGACUCCGAGUGAGGGAGGCCUUCCUACGAGGGCUCAAUGAAUUAAGAAAACAGAAAAGGAGUAGAAAAUGAAACCCAAAAGUCUAUUCAAGCAAGCAUCAGAAACAUUUGCAAAACAAGUGAUUAAUCAUUGCUUGCCAAGCCUGAGACAAUGUUGGGUCAACAGGCAGUAUCGAGGAAGGAGCGAAGGAGCUAAGAAAUUAUUAGUUGAUGUGAAAUACUGGUAUGACGAGAACGAAUGGUUUGGCAAUCCACAUUCGGUAAUUCGCAUGCUUGUUGGAAGAGCUUUCAGUGAAGUUCUGAGGGUCUUACUCAUUCAUGACCUGCCGGUACUGCUGUUCGUGUUCAUUUUGCAAGCUAUGUUUUGCAAUGAAGUGGAAUCCUUGUCCCCGGUUAUGUAUGAUCAUUUCACCAAAGCAGUUUCUCAAACAGUUGGCAGUUUUCUUCAGGCCAUGGCACCUUUUGCACUGGAGACCUUACACACAACUUUUAUCAUAUUUGAUCAUCCUGUACCCAUUGUUAUUUUGUUGCAAAACUCUCCACACCUGAAGGAGAUACACUUGCGUUACAACCUAAGUGACUACAUCUUGCUGCAGUUAAAAAAAUGGUGUCCACAUUUAGAAAUCAUAACACUGAGUGGCAGAAAUAACAUAAGUGAGGAAUGCCUUUUUACAGCCUUUUUUAAAGGUUUGAAGAAAGUAAAAGUGUUGGAAUAUGUGGACAAUAAAUCUGCCUGCCCCUUGUCAUUUCCCAAGCUGAAGAGGGUCAAAUUAGAGUUGCACAGGAAAAACUUUGAUGAAUUCUUGUUUUUCCUUCAGUUUUUCUAUCCUGGUGUUCAGUGUAAUAUAAAUAAAUUCAUAAGUGGAGCAGGGGUGUAUCCUGUAGUCUUCAAAUCACUGCUGGAUCCACCUGCUUGUUUAAAAGGCAAAGGAACAUUUAAAGUAGACACAGUUAGAUUUGCAGUUCCACCAACUGCUGGGGCAUUAAAAGAGUAUGAUCCAACUGUUACUUACUCUUUAGUGAGACAUUUCUCGUUUUCUUGUAGGGAUAUAAGUGCUUCUCAUUAUUCAGAAGCUCUGUCUAAGAUAAAGAAUCUUUUAAAACUAUUGGGAUGUUCCAGUGUUUUUCUUGCAGUAUAUCCCAAUUCAGUAAACACAAGUUUGGUAGCUACAGUACUCCUUGAAGAGUUGGGUCCUAAGUUAAAGGAAUUGCAUAUAUCAGUGCAUGUACCCAUGGACAUUGAAACACUAUACAUGUAUCUUAAUGCUUGUCCAAAAGUAAAUUUGUUUUGCAUAAAAGCUACUAGGGUUAUAUUUGAUUCUCCUUGUACAAAAGCUCAUUUGAGACCUCAUCUGCAUAUGGAAACAUUAAGUAUUGAGACAGAGUAUCCAGUAGACACUGACCAUUACACUCAAAUUAUUGAGAACAUAAUCUGUGCUGCACCAAGACUGACAACGUUGGAAUUGAUAGGACAGGAAAUCCACAAACCUGUGAGAAAUUUAGCAAUUUCAGGAAAACUUGCUGAGAUUCAGGUUCUUUCUCUGUAUUGGAAAAUAAUUGGAAUGUCUUUUGAUGACUGGAUAUUAAAGUUUUGCAUCUUUAUAGGAACUCAUCUUCCAUCCCUGGAAGUUCUCAUGUUAAGUCAUUUUCCAGAAGAGUCUCUUUUAAAAUUUAAGGCUUAUUUCCACUACACUGAUUUAGAAGUAGUGGAGAGGAGGCUUCCAUUUGUGUCUAAUAUAUAAAUCAAGGACUAGAUAAUAGUUGUCCCAAAUUUUGUGAAAGAACAUGCAUACUAUCAUGAGGACAUUAUUGUAACUGCACUAAUUACUUUCUUUAGUAAUUAUAUUAGCAUUACUGCAGAUUAGAUAAUAACCAUAUUGUAAGGGAUUCAGCUGAUGGAAGUAAAGCCAAAAAUUAGAGAAUAAUGAGUCAUUCAACUUUAUUUUUAUUACCAUUUUUACUUUUCCAUAUCCUUAAUAAGGUGAGAAAUCUAGUUUGUUGUAGUAUUGGCGAUUAAGAUUAUUAUUAUUUUUGUUAUUAUUAUUAUUAUUAUUGUUAUUAUGAUUAUGAUUGUCAUUAUUAUUAUUAUUGUUAUUAUGAUUAUGAUUGUUAUUAUUAUUAUUAUGAUUGUUGUUAUUAUUAUCAUCAUUAUUUUUUUUCUACAAUUAUUAUCAUUAUUGUCAUUAUUAUCAUAAUCAUCAUUAUUAUUUUUUAUUGAUGUUAUUAAUAUUAUAUCAUUAUUGUUAUUAUUGAUAUUGAUAAUAUUGUUAAAACCGUCUUGAAAGGAAGCUAGAAGUUUUGUAAAAGUUUUGAUUUUGUCAUAUUGAAGGUCAUAUGGGAGAAAGCUAUCUCUAGUCAGCCUUUGUUUCUGUUGAAGAGUUUCAGGUCCUUUUUUAUCAAUACUGUAUUUUUAAUCUAUAUUUUUUAAUCUAUUGAUUUUUUAAUGAAAAAAAUAAAUGGAAGUAUACCGAUAACUUUUUUUUUUAUAGAAGUUCCUGAGAUUCAUUUUUAUACUUAAGCUUUCUAUUUAUUGCAAGUUUUCUGGAGAAGAGUAAUGAUUUUUUUUUGUAUAUAGGGAUUUAGAUUAUGCUCUUUUAUUAUUAUUGUUAUUAUUGUUAUCCUUAUUAUUUUUUUAUCAUUAUUUUUAUUAUUAUUAUUAUGAUUAUCAUUAUUAUUAUUAUCAUUAUUUUUUUAAGAUAUUGUUAUUAUCAUUAUUGUUAUUAUUAUUAUUGAUAAUAUUAUUAUUAUUAUUAAUUAUUUUUAUUAUUAUUAUUAUUAUCAUCAUCUUUCUAGUUAAUGCUGUCAUCAGAUCUUAUUCAUCUGUUGAUUAAUUGAUUGCUUGUAUUAGUAAGAUAUGUUUGUUGUGCUUACUGUAUUUUUUUCUUUAGUUUUACAUGAAGAUUUUAUGAUUUUAUAAUCCUGUGAAGCAAUAUUGAGAGGAAAAUCUCAAAAGGCAACUGAAAUGAUGUAAUUACAGUUUUUGUAAUAAUAUUUUAGUAUUUCUAUAUGUAUGUGUCUAUAUGUGUAUAUAUAUUUAUGUAAGUAUAUUUUGAAGUUACACUUUUUAUGGAACAUUCAUAUUUUGAUAUUCAAAAGCUAAUAAAAUGAAAAAGAG